AUUCUGCCACAAUAAAAAAGCAGUUAUAUCUAUCACCGAAAUUGUAUCUCCAGCUUGUGACUUUAUUUCCACUUGGAUUUGUUCAUUUAGUUUGUAAUUUUUAUUGAGUCCUUGUAUACAACUCUAUGACCUGGCAGAGAACCGACAACAAGGCCUCUGCUCUCACAGAGAUUAUAGUCAGGUGGUGGAGGUGAAUGACAGUAAGAGCUAAUAAAAAUACCAGGAAGUGAGAACUCCUGUGAUGAAAAUUAAGCAAGGUGAUGUGAUAGGGUGUAAUGGGGAAACGACUUUAAGAUAGGUAGUUAGGAAAGACUUCUUGAGGAAGUAAUUCAUAAACCAAGGCAUACAACAAGACAGGAAGGAGCCAGAUGAGUGAUCAUUUGGAGGAAAAACAUUCCGAGCAGAGGGAUUAGGGUGUGUAAGAGUUUGUAGGACUCAAAAAUUUGCUGCACGGUUUGGACAAAGAUAAAUGAGAAAAGCAGGAACAUAUCAUGCUGUAAGGACAAGAUCCAAAUGGAUUAAUUGUGUUGUUUGGGGUGAAGUAUAAACUUUAUUUUUUACAUCCUCAAUGGAAAUUACAUUAAAAAAUAUGGUUGAGCCCUCAUUUAUCUUGAAUUUUUCUUACUCACUGCAGAUCAACUCUCCAGCCCUCCUACUGGCACAUGGUGACCCCGUGGCCCUGAUCUAGUAGGACAACGGAAUUCACAUCAGCCCUGAGCCUGGAAAGAUGGUGUCACAGUCCUUGGGCCAGCAGGAUUUUCCUGUGGAGCCCUGCGGAGGGGUGAGUGAUGACUCCGGUGACACUGAUGGUUUACCCAGCCUCCUGGACACUGACUGCCCCUCUUGCCCAUCAGACGUCAGGUUCACGAGGCACAAAGCUGCCUGGAUUAAUCCCCAGGCUAUGCAGCUUCAGCUGCGGGAUUUGCCGCUUCAGGUGCCAACAGUGAGGAACAUUGGCAGCAACUCUGUGGGGGAUACUGCCUCUCCCUUGGGCACUUCACCUUUGUCUCUUGAGAACUCCAUGGUGGAGACAUCACUGUGGAAGGACACCGCGGGCUCCAUGGAUAUCUCGGGUAAAAAGAGCAGUGACUUUUCUUUUAACCCCGUGCAAGAGCACGCAGAGCCCCCAGGACGCUCUCCUUGGAUGUCUCCGUUCACAAGCUCCAAGAUUUUGACGGCUUCCUUAUGUCCUGAAGCUGACAGUGCUUGUUUCAAGCCUUCUCACCUGACAGCUUCCACUGAUGAAGGUGCUGUUCAAAUAAAUGGAAGAAGCAUCUUGUUAAAUUCCUUCUCACCAGAAGCAUUCAUGCUUCCAGUUGAUGUAGAAAAGGAAAAUGCCCACUUUUAUGCUGCAGAUAUGAUUAUAUCAGCAAUGGAGAAAAUGAAGUGUAACAUCCUGAGUCAACAGCACACAGAGAACUGGAGUAUAGAAGAAGCCGGUGGGUCACUUGGGAAUGAUCAAACUGACUCUGAAAUGACCUUUUAUACCAAUAUAAAGCAGGAAUCUGGGUCUUCCACUUUUUCAAACAGUGGCUAUGAAGGUUGUGCUUUAUUACAAGUCAGCCUAAUUGUUAAAACACUUACUUACUGUGAUGUGGUGAAAGAGGCCUGCAAAUGUGACUUUGAUAAAUUUGUUAUUGUAGAACUUGGAGAGUUCAGCAAUACCACAGAAACCUGUGGAUGUUCCUGUAGCUCCUCCAAGAGUGUUAUUUAUGAGCCAAACUUCAAUUCAGCUGAGCUAAUAGCCAAAGAAUUGUACCAAGUAUUCCGUAAGUGCUGGAUGCUGUCAGAAGUUAAUUAUCAGCUGGCAGUUUCCCUGAAUGCAUCUGGCUCCAUAGUUGUAAAUGAAGAGCAUAUCCGAAAAGACUUUGAAUCCAGUGUGGAUUUAGGAGAGAAAAUUAAAUUUAACUCAAGGAUCAGAGAGACAGAAGACUGGGCACCCCCUAGAUUUCAAGUCAUAGUUAAUGUUCAUCCACCACAGAAGAGGGAUCUUGUAGUAGCAGCCCAGAAUUUUUUCUGUGCUGGCUGUGGAACCCCAAUAGAACUUAAGUUUGUGAAGCGGCUCCGCUACUGCGAAUACCUGGGCAAGUAUUUCUGCGACUGCUGCCACUCUUACGCCGAGUCCUGCAUCCCUGCGCGGAUCCUCACCGCCUGGGACUUCAGGAAGUACUACGUCAGCAAUUUCUCCAAAUGGCUGCUGGAUAGUAUAUGGCACCAGCCCAUUUUCAAUUUGCUGAACAUCAGCCAGAGCAGGUGUGCAAAGGCCAAGGAGCUGGACAGAGUGAAGGAAAUCCAGGAGCAGCUGUUUCAUAUCAAGAAGCUAUUGAAAACCUGCAGAUUUGCUGAAAGAGUGCAGAGCUUGCUUUCACAAGCAGUGCUUCCAGUCCUCUGAGUGCCCCCGGUGUGCAAGGAUCACAGCUAGGAGAAGACUUUUGAAAAGUUUGCCUUCUGCAGCGACAUGAUGCCCCAGUACUAUGAAAAAGAUUGUUCAACACGCCUAUGACAACACCAAUCUGUUAUUGAUAACAUUAUUUUAGAUAUUGAGUAUUAUAUAUUAAGAAAAAAAAUGGUCAAUAUUCUCUUUAUUAUAUCUUUAGUAUUUUAAAACAAUGCAGAUUUGUUGUCAUUAAGCAAAUGGUUGUUACUGGCAGUUUUGUUUACAAAUUAACACUGAUACUAUUUAUUUUAAGAGUUUUUUAUACUAAUAAUGUAUUUGCAUAGUUGUAUUUAACUAAUUUUAGAGCUUUUUUUUAAUGAAUUUUAACUUACAUGAUGAAUUACUCCAUUCUUCCUGUAAAGUUGUUUGUGAAAUGGAUUGAUACUUUCACUGAAUAAAAAUACAACCAAAAA